CCCACCCACCCACCCACCCCCUCAGCUGCCCCUUCCUCUCCCCUUUCCAUUGCUUCAGAUCUUUCCCUCUUUGAGCCUCAGGGCUCCAUCUCGCGUAUCUAUAAUAAUAAGGAUAAGGAUAUACGUAAUCUGCGUUGCGUAGAUAUCUGUAUAUACUCACGCAUUGGUCCUGAAAUCAGCGUGUCCAUUGGCCAGAGUUCAAAUGCGCGCUGUCGGUUCCGAUAACUGAUUUGGUUUCCGAUCAGGUAGCAUUUCGCGGUUGCGGAGGAGCGGGAGAAUGGCGGCGGUUUCCGGACCCGUGACGCCGGGGCAGGUGUCAUUUUUAUUUGGAAUUAUCCCUGUUAUCAUUGCCUGGUUAUAUGCUGAAUGGUUAGAGUAUAAAAAGCCAUCAUCACCCUCUAAAGUCCAUUCAGACAAUAACCUGACUGAAUUUGGAAAUGAAACAACAAUUAAGGAAGAAGAUCGGAUUGUUUUACUUGAAGGAGGUCUGCCAAAAUCUGCAUCUUUGAAGUUACAGAGUACAUCUGUAAGAACAAACUUAAUUAGGUUUGUUACAAUGGAGGACUCCUUCUUGCUUGAAAACCGGGCAACUCUUAGAGCAAUGUCUGAAUUCGGGGGAAUCCUGUUUUAUUUUUUCAUCUGCGACCGGACAAAUGUUAUUGGUGAUUCUACCAAGAACUAUAAUCGCGAUCUCUUCAUCUUCCUGUAUCUUCUUCUAAUCAUAGUUUCAGCAUUGACAUCUCUGAAGAAACAUCAUGAUAAGUCAGCUUUUUCUGGGAAAGCAUUACUUUAUCUUAAUCGCCAUCAAACAGAGGAAUGGAAAGGAUGGAUGCAGGUCCUCUUUUUGAUGUAUCACUACUUUGCUGCAACAGAGAUAUACAAUGCAAUUCGUGUUUUUAUUGCUGCAUAUGUCUGGAUGACUGGUUUUGGCAACUUCUCCUAUUAUUACAUCAGAAAAGAUUUUAGUCUUGCUCGAUUUGCUCAGAUGAUGUGGAGGCUGAACUUUUUUGUGAUAUUUUGUUGUAUUGUUCUUAACAAUGAUUAUAUGCUGUAUUAUAUCUGCCCAAUGCACACUCUCUUCACUCUGAUGGUCUAUGGGACACUUGGUAUUGGCCACAACUAUAAUGAGAUAAGAUCAGUGAUGUUUGUCAAGCUUCUUAUGUGUGUUUUAGUGGUUAUCUUGAUUUGGGAGAUUCCAGGAGUUUUUGAAACUUUAUGGAGUCCCUUCAGUUUUAUGUUAGGGUAUACUGAUCCAGCAAAGCCAGAUCUCCCUCGUAUGCAUGAAUGGCAUUUCAGAUCUGGACUUGAUCGAUACAUAUGGAUUGUUGGGAUGAUAUAUGCGUAUUUUCACCCGAAUGUUGAGAAGUGGAUGGAGAAAUUGGAGGAAUCUGAAAUUAAGAGGAGACGCACAAUCAAGACAUCCAUUGUUAUAAUUGCUUCAACUGUUGGGUAUUUGUGGUAUGAAUAUAUAUACAAGCUUGACAAAAUCACCUACAACAAGUACCAUCCAUACACAUCAUGGAUUCCUAUUACUGUUUACAUUUGCUUGCGAAACUUCACUCAGGAGCUCCGGAAUUUCUCACUUACUUUUCUUGCGUGGCUUGGGAAAAUUACCUUGGAAACCUAUAUUUCCCAGUUUCACAUCUGGCUGAGAUCAAAUAUGCCAAAUGGGCAACCAAAGUGGCUUCUUUGUUUUAUCCCCAACUAUCCUAUGCUUAAUUUCAUGCUGACUACUGCCAUUUAUGUCUUGAUAUCUUACAGGCUUUUUGAACUUACCAACAAUCUGAAAUCAGUUUUUGUACCCACACGAGACAAUAAGAAAUUGUUCUACAAUUUUGUUGCUGGUGUUUUGAUUUCUGCAUGUUUAUAUUGCAUUUCAUUUAUUCUUCUUCAGAUUCCUCAUUAAUGGAUGCUUGCAUGUGGAGACCGACAGAUGAAAGGUUUCCUUGAUCAGCGUAGAAAUGAUAUGAUGUGCAAAUGGAAUUUCGUAUUCUUUGAUGUUGCUUUCGACCCUAGAUAAUGGGAGCUUGUAUCUUCGAAAGCAGUGUGAAAUAUCAGUAGCAGUAGUUACUUCAUUCGUUCAAGUGUGGGUGGGAAGACUCUCCUUCUACAGCUUUGCCACAAAUAUUUCUUUGACGAAAUGGUAGUGUCACCCGAAGGGAAUUGAGUAUUAUAUAGAAUAUAUGGAUAGCUUCAGAGACUAGUAAACUCAUCAUGUGAAAGUUAUUUUGUCGCCACUAGAAUAUUUUUUCCUAUUAAAUUGCAUUGAGGCAUUUAGACAAAAAAAAAAAAUAAUUACAGUACGUACAUAAGAAAAGAGAAAUACUUGUUGUUUGGACCUACGUAUUCUUUACUAUAUACGGAGUAGUUGGCAAAUACCUCAAUA